AUGUCUCUUUGGCUCCAGGACAUUGGGGUCCACAGUAUUGACAACUGUGUGGUCCUUGGCAAGCACUGCAGGAAUUCUGUGGCUUCAAGAUCUUUUGGGCUCCUAAGUGGCACCUCCAAGACUGGUAGCAGGGCAGGCAGUGGUGGUGGAUGGAGCCAGUGGUGUGCACAUACUCGGCUGCAGGGGCCAGCUGCAGGUGCCUAUGUAGUGGCAGAGGGGGCCAAAGCAGAGAGACCCCUCCACCAGGAGGACGUACGCAGCUCAUGGACCUUUCCAGACAUAGAUGCAGCCUCUGGGGGGAGCUGGUCCUUGUGGCAUGGGCCCAUGUUCAACAGCCGGGAAAGAAUGUACAUGACAGGACUGCUGAUCAGGGGGUCUCAAUUAAGUGAUACAGGGAGCUACACUGUGUGGGUAGAAGCCAGCAACGGGACCCAGAGAGCAACUGGCUGGCCUGAGAUUCGAGAGUUGGAAAUCCCAGGCAUCUCAGUCAACAUUAGCUCCGUGGCAGAAAACAUGGAUUCCGUGGCUGCUGUCUGCCAUACCAGUGCCACCAACGUCAAGUGGUAUGUGAGUUACACACAGGUGUCCAGCUAUGACCACAUGACAGUCUCCCCAGACAACAAGACACUCAUCAUCCAAAGGAUCAGUAGCUGCAACUCACCACUUCAGUGUGGGAUAGAAAUCCUCCCACAGAUUAUUGAGAGAAGUGAAGUAAUCUUUCCGACAUUGACCUAUGGUCCCUCCAGUGUGCUGAUCAGGAGUAAGCGCCGUAACUUCAAUGGCAUCCUGCCUGCUGAGAUGGGCUCCCAGGUGGAGAUGGAGUGUAUCUCCUAUUUCAGACCAGAAUUCAAGUACCAGUGGAUCCACUUCCACUGUGGAUUCAAGUACCAGUGGAUCCACUUCCUCCUGAACUUCUCAGAAAAAAUUACCUUCCUGAAUCUGAUCUGGGACCAGAUGGGCAGAUACAGAUAUCAGGAAGUCCAACUCCAGGUGCCCUGGCACAGGACUGCUUUUAGCAAAGGUUUCACUAUCUCAGGAUCCUUGCUGGUAUUUCUCAUCAUGGUGACAGCAGUGGGCAGUGUCCUCUUCUGUGCAUUCCUCAUUCAUACCCUGAUCAGACAUUACUCUACCAGGGCAAAUUGGGCUACAUGACCACCCACCUCAGACAUAGAAGACAAGACCAGAUGGGCAAGGAGGGUUCCAACUCCCCCACUU